CAGUUCAUUCAUCGCUUUGGUAGUUGUCGAGUGUGUACUUAGGUCGGGUCCGCUUUUCCGUCACGACGAAGUCCGUUUUUCGCUGCAAAAGCCAAGUCCGUGUUUUUUACCGAUUUCCGAAAAAAAAAGUAAAUAACAUCUAAGCAAACAAUUGUUCGACGUUUCGAGCACUGUUUCGUAGUGUGUUUUUACCCCUUGCAAGGCUACACGGCUAGGCUGCGGUAUAGUAUACGGUACGGUACACGGCUACCGCGGCUGGUUUGUUAUAUUAGCUGGUGCUUCUGUGUGUGCGGGUCGCCCAGGACAUUAUUUAGCCACAAUAAUAGUCCGUUGCGUUUGGUAGAGUGUUAACGGUAGCGGUAGCAAUUUUCCCGUUUGUGCUGAAAGUGUGUUUGCAAUCGUUCGUUCAAUCGUUCGACGGCGUGCUGAAAAGUGUGUUUGAAAAGAAGUGUUUACACCAGUAGCGAAAGAGAGCAAAAAUUAAAGCAAAUCAAUCCCAAGUUGUCGAUCGUUUCUCGACCCAUCAACCGAUCGUGUGAAGUGUUUCUGCUCGUGUGCGAUUGAUUCAUUGUUGUUUCAUCACAUCCUUCCCGGUGUCUGUGCGACAGUGCUAUUGCGUGCGUUGCGUUUUUUUGUGUGGUGUAGUGAGUAGAGUUAGGCGGAAAAAUUAAAAUAAUAUCGUCGCAUAUAUAAUAAUACCCAAAAAGCAAAGCAAAUAAUUAAAAGCAACCGUGUGUGCCACAUUUUCUUCCGUCGAGUUAAAAGCCUGAGUUGUGAGCAAAAGUUCACAAAAGGCAAGGAAAAAGUUUCAAGCUCUGUUCGGUACGGUUGUGCAGGUCGUCGCGCGAAUUAAUUCCCCGUGCUAGAUAUCCUUCAAGCUUCAGCCGCCCGCGUCGAGACCGUGUUUUCUUCUGCCGAGCAGUCGUAAAUUACAGCACCGUAGCAAAACAACCACAUUUUCGCGCGCGCAAACGAGAUGGAGCACCAGAAUCAGGAUCUCGGUGUGCACCCGGGCAACAAUCAGGCGGAGGUGCCGAACGAUCCAGGAAAAAUGUUCAUCGGCGGUCUCAGUUGGCAAACAAGUCCAGAAAGCUUGAGAGACUACUUUAGCAAAUUUGGAGAAAUUACAGAAGUUAUGGUUAUGAAAGAUCCCACCACAAGACGAUCGAGCUCGUCUGCGAUGGGAUUGGCUGAUUCCUCGGCUCCUCUGUAUUCGCGACCAAGGGGUUUCGGCUUCAUCACAUUCGGCGAUCCUGCCAGCGUAGACAAAGUGUUAGCACAUGGUACCCAUGAAUUAGAUGGCAAAAAGAUCGAUCCCAAAGUAGCAUUUCCAAGGAGGGCACAUCCAAAGAUGGUGACGAGAACGAAGAAAAUUUUCGUGGGCGGGCUUUCAGCGCCAACCACGCUGGAGGACGUUAAAAGCUACUUCGAACAAUUUGGACCGAUUGAAGAUGCGAUGCUAAUGUUCGACAAACAAACCAACCGGCACAGAGGCUUCGGAUUUGUCACAUUUCAGAGUGAAGAUGUAGUGGACAAAGUUUGCGAAAUUCACUUCCAUGAAAUCAAUAACAAAAUGGUCGAAUGUAAAAAAGCACAGCCCAAAGAAGUGAUGCUUCCAGCGAAUCUGGCCAAAACGCGUACCGCCGGGCGUGGGACAUACGAUUUUAUGUGGUCGCUGGGGACAUUACCUGAUGGUUUCCCCGCUGCCGCGUACGCUGCGUACGCAGCCGGCCGUGGCUUUUCCGGCUACCCGAGCUUUGGACUACCGUACCCAACAGUUGACAUCACCAAUGGACAGUUGACACCAAACAACAACACACCGUUACUGACGCAGGCUCUUUCGGUGAUGAACAAUUACCAGGCCGCCGCUGCGGCCGCCGCGCAAGGCUUCGGUCCGCCAGCGUCCCCGCACACCACCACCACCCGGACCGCCGCCGGCUUCCCGAACGCGAACUCGCCCGGACCGACGAUCGACAUGUACAGCUCGAGCGCGGCGGACAGCGUCGGUUACGUUCAAGCCACCAGCCCGCAACCAUCCGGCUUCCCAGCGAUUGCCGUCAGCCGUGCUCCGCUAAAUUACAGCCCGGGCCAACUAAUUCCAGCGGCAUUCACCAACGGCUACCAUUGAAAAAAACUAAGCAAUAUUUGAUCACCAUCGCUAGUACUUUGGACUGGAGUUUGACAGACGAGCAGCUGCUUGUGCGCGUGAAUUUGCUGACUAAAACGGACACGUGGAACCGAAAAAUUGUAGCGCGAGGUUGAAGAAGAUACAGAUAAGAACCAACAACACACACAGCCAGAAAUUGUGAACCGUUUUGCCACAACAGUUGCUGCAAUACAGCAGCAGCAGCAGCGACACCGCUUCUCGUCAUCAUUAUUAUCAUCAGCAACAUCAUUAACCAGCCCACUGCAGAACGGUCUGCGCACAGGAAGCAGAUGGUCGGAAGGCAGGUUUAUAUGGCGAAUAAUGGUUCAGAGAAAUUGGAAACGGUAUGGUUUUUUAUUAGUAAAUAAUUUCACUAUAAUAAGCGUAAACUGGGAUUUGGUUUUGGUAUUUUAAAAAAAAAUAUGCCAAAACGCUGUUAAAAUAAUACUGAGUUGAGAGAAAAUUGGUUUGUUUGAAGCAAACUGCUUCGAGUUUGUUUAGGGUAAAUGAAAGUAAUUGAAAUGUUGCCGUCAGUGGCUAUCAAAAUUGGCUAUACUUUCCAACCCAAAAAGGUGGAUUAAUUAAAUUGGCUCAAAAGCCUUAUAAGCAAUCGAAUGUUCACUGUAUGAGAACAUUUUUCCCAUACAUUAUACAGGGUUGAAUUAAAAACACACACACACACACGUCUGCCUAACUUCCCGUUAAUUUACCAAGUAUCCUCAGAAAGCCCACUAGCCACAGCUUUGUUUGUGGUGGAUAGUUGUCAAUUGCAGCGUAAUUUCCACCAUCGUUUAUAUUGCUUGUGUGGCAACCAGAACGGGCCCACUCUUUUCCCACAACUUCCGCCGCAGUGGUUGACAGGGAGAGAAAAUCUACAGUAACAAAAAAAAACGCCAAUAUCGGCUUGCAGUGUGUGUGUGUGUGUGUGUGUGUGCAGAUGCAUCGUUGUAGUGUUUUGUUUUGUUCACUUUGUUCGCUUUUAAAGCAUACCCUUCGUUGUGCACCAUAACUAUUACACUGGUGUUACCGUUGCUGCUGUAUCGCAACGGCUAAUGUUGAUGUGGUUUGUGUGUUGUUUGUGCUUUUGGCGGUCUCUGCUCUUCGAAGGGGAAGCAUCGCUUACCCAUUUUCGCAAGAUGUGAAGUCUGCCAAGCUGUCUAGUUAAUGGUGGAAAGGGAUGUGAGAUAAGCUAGAAAGUGGCGGGGCGGUAACAAUCUAACGUUAAUAGAACCAGCCCCCUCCCAAACGGGUGUUUAAGGCAGUCAAAUUUCACGAGCAGCCAAGCGCAAGGCAAAUGGUAUAUUAAAAACAAAAGGAAGCGUGGCAGAAUAAUGGAAAAAAAACGAGUUGCAAAUGCAAAAAAUUAUUAACAAACAAAUCAACCCUCAACCCACACACACACACUCACACGUUGCUGUCGCGAAAAGCAAAUCACGUGCUGUGUGGAAGGGUGAAAAUAAGCGUUAUACACACAGACACACACACACAACCAAACACAUCCAACUCGAUAUACUAAAACAAAAAUGAGCAUACAAACUACACUUUAACACACCUAAACACACACACACACACACAUAUUAAUGUUAAGCGAAACUAAACAUGAUUGUUUAAACCUAUGAGCUAAACGAAACAAAAAUCAACACGAUUUGUUUUGCAAAAAGAACAACAAAAAAAGGCAAGGUAGAGGCGAGGAGAGAUGAAAACAGCAAAAAAAAAACCCAAUUUGUUAUUACGAAUAAUUACUAUUUACUUAAUGUCUUUUUGAAUUUAAGCCAAUUUAAAAAGCAAAUACUUAGCUAAAUGAAAACAAAAGCAACCAAAAAAAAAAAACAAAACACAAAAAAUACUACCCCCAAAAAAUAAAAAUCUUACAUGCAAUCUAUAAGUGAAAGGCGUGCAUGAAAACGCGUGGGUGGGGGGGGGGUUGGGGAGGAGAAACUCUAACAAAAGAACCAAAAAUUUACCAUUCUCUUAACGAAGGAAAGAACGUUGCAGAACAUAGUAAACGCCCCCCCUUGACAUUCGUUUCAUACAUACGGAAACCCACACACACACACACACACACUCAAAUCACAGCCUCUGACCUUACACAGACAAACUAUAGAUAGAAAUUGGGAGGGGAGGAGAAGAGUGUAUAGGAGGAGUGGAAAGCAUGGUGGGGGAGCACGGGGCGAUGAGAUUGUGUGGGGUCCUGCCGCCGUGCAUCCUUUCCCUGCGAUGCACUAGGCAGCACAGGAUGAAGCGUGUUGCACGUGGGGAGGAGUGAACCACCAACACCGCAACAACGCGCCUGCCAUUGUUUUCCUUCCCCCCCCCCCCCCCCCCCCUAUUGCAUUGUACAGACCACACUGCAAGUGUGCAUGUAGUGAGGCUGAUGUGUGACACACACACAACUUUCCAGCUGACACAAUUAGAAGAAGAAAAAACAAACCAUUUAAGCAAAACAAACACACUCGUGAUCACCCUCCUCCCUUUAUGAUAGUAACAGUGAUGCAACACAUUCGACGCAUAACGAUCAACACCAGAACCCACACAGACACAGACACACACACACACUCUAUCAAUUAUGGAACAAUUAUUACGUUUGCUACAAGCAUAUUUAACGAUUUAACGUAACUUUUUUUACAACGGUAAUAGCAGCAGGUAAAAGAUGGUACGCUAGUGGUCUUAGGUAUAAAAAUAUAUAAAUAUAUAAAUAUAUAUUAUAUAUAUUUAUGAAAGACAGAAUCGACGGAACUACACACACUACAAAACAAACCCCUACAAAGCACCGAAGAAAGGUAAAACACAAGAAAGGUGUAACCGUAGUGCGCGUUUACGUUGCGUCAACGGGCAGCGGUAUGAAUUGCUGUGCUGUGUUUUUCUUUCCUUCUUUCUGCCGUGAAGCAGCGCAUGCACCGUUAUGCGCUACGUAUUUGUGGGGAGAUGUAUGCAGUUCGGCCACUUUUAAUAUUCAUCGUUACUUUUUACUGUUUCCUUGUCGUUUUAUAUUCCUGUUUGCUAUUUCUGUUCUCAAAGCACACGGCGCCACGCGGUGAAGCAAAGGAGCAAACAAACAAACAAACAAACAAACAAACAAACAAACAAAAUAUACACAAUGCUGAAAAUGCCCCACAAAACACACACACACACACACACACACACACACACACACACAAACAACACUCACAGAACACAGCACAGAACAGAGAAACCGAGUGGCGCAGGCAAGGAAGGAAACAAUUUAUUAUAGUAAUUGAAAUUUUUCCUCCCCAAACAGAAGAAAAUAAAAAAAAAAGAAAAGCACGGCAAAGGUCGGAAAAAGAUUGAUGUUUGUAUGAAAUAGAUAUGGAGAAAAAUAUUAAGCAACAAAAACAAGGAAAACAAAAAGAAGGAAACCCUCAACGCUGGUGAUGAUGGAAGGUGAAAACGCAAUAAUUGUUAUAUUAGUACGAUGAUGAGCGGUCUUCGUAGGAGGAAGCUGGCAGGAGGAAAGUAGCGGCGCAGACAGCAGACAGCUUAUGCGAAGGAGCUAAUGAAGGAAGAAGUGCGCUGAAUGUGCGCUAGCGAAGGGGUGCAGAGGAGGUUUGUGUGGGGCCCUGGUGGCACCAGCUAAUUAAUUAAAAUAAAUGACAAUGACAGCAGCAGCAAAGCCGGAUGGGAGAGGUGCGUACCGCUUCUAAAUAACGGCCCCUCGGCCGGGGUACCUCGUUCUGUUGUAAACGUCACCUCCGCACCCACUUCAACAGUCCCACAUGCGUGCACACACACUCACACACACACACACACACUAAUGCACAAGCGCGUGCAUGUAGGUUUGGUGGGUGGACAAACGCAAAUAAAACAGAAAUCAAUUAACAGAGUACCACAGAGUAACGCAAAGAGCGGGGCGGGUGGUGGCGCAUUGUAUUCGGUGUCACUGUGCACUGUUUGGCCAUUCGGCGCGGAUGGCACUAAUAGCCUAUACAUUUAAAUAUUGAAAGUAAACAAUUCAUAUACAAUAACAAUGCAACGUUUAAAGAUCACAUCUUCAUCAAAUUCUUACCCUUGCUUUUUUUUCCUGCAUAGAACAAACAUUCGGAGCAAGCCUGUGGAAAAUUGCAUCCUUUUUACAAAGCAAUGUGUGUGUGUGUGUCUGCGUGUGUGUGUGUGUAUGUAUGUGUGCAGUUUUGAAGGGUUGGAGCGUUUGGAGCAAUUUUACACUCUUACCGCAAACAAGGUAACAGUUUGCACUCUGUCAUUACUCACCAGCAUCACAAGCAUGAUAAUAAACCAAACCAAAAACAAAACGAAACGUUAUCAGCAAAUAUUCACCCUCCCCUCCCAAACAAACAAACAAAAAAAAAAACUUCACAUAAACAAUUUCACAUAACUUUAAGGGAACUCUUACUACAAAAUACCACACAAACUCACACGAUUCAAUUCAUCAAAAACUCAAAAGCAAAUUAAUGAACGAAUAACGAAAGCAAAACGACGAGAGGAGAAGAAUAAAAACAACACACACAAACACACAAACAAAAACAAUGGGAAACAGCAUAUUUAGCAUCAUUCGAAAGGAGCAGCAGUGGCAGGCAGACAAAAGAGAAGACAGAAAAUCACACUUGUAAAAUAUUAUAAAUAUAUAACUAUGUCGAGAUGGAUGCAGAUGCAGCAGCAGAUAAAAGCGCAUUAAAAACGGAGCGAUGCCGGCUAAGAAAGGGGAAGCAAAAGAAAUGAAAUCACGGCAGCACAUAUAGGCUAAAGAUGUGGACAGCGACUCCAGUGCAGCAAACAGUAGGUACAUAGAGGUGAAACGUGAAGCAAAAAAAUGGAGCAAUUCCGCGGGAUAGAUUGAUAACAUACCAAACACAAACCUAAAACCCGAUCACAGAUGAAUUAACGAACGAGAAAGUUGAUAGAAAAAAAAACAACAACAACAACAGGACAACAAUUAGCAACAGAAACAGCAACAACAGGCAAGGAGAGAACGAAAGAAAAAUACACCCAAAAAAAAACACAAGCAGAACCAGAACCACAUGCAGUUGCGCAGUAGCAGGAAGACGCAAGGAAGAACAAAUCUUAGUUAAAUAUAAAUUAUAUUAAAAUUUAAAUUAAAUAAUUGAAAGAAAAGAAAAAAAAGUAAAACAAAUAUUUAAAAAUACUAUGAUAAUAAAUUACAAUUAUUAUAAAUUAAUUUUUAUCAUAACUGAUGCGUGUGAUGAUGUGUGGGCCAUGCCGGGCCCAAAGGAUGCGUUAAUAUGGGACACAAGCCAUGCAAGGCGCGCCAAGGCGCACGCACACACGCAGUACAUGGAUGGCGGCGCGUGUAACAAACACAAAAACGUAAAAUUGCGAACAAUAUGGUCUCUAGAAACGCUCUGCUAGAGGGUGGACCCCGGGUGGAAGGUAACGUUUUUUGCCAAGUCUGUGUCUAGUGCCCACAGCCCGCCGCGUAUGUGUGCGCGCGGGGUUUGAGCCUUGUUUGAUUCUUGAUGCCUGCCGAUGAGGGCGGAUCAUCAAUAUGAUCAUCAUCAUCAUCAUUUGCCUGGUCAAACUACCUUUCAAAAGGGAGAACGAAAGAGAUAGAGAGAGAGAUCGAUCGAUAAAUGAGAUCAAACAUACACAUACAUACACACAGCAACAAAAACACACACGAAGGAAUAGCACAAACAGGAAAGACAUCAUUAAAAGAAACAACUACAAACAAAGAAAGUAUGCACCAAACCAGACGACACCCGGCGUGUCUCUUUUGGAGGGGAUAAAAUCGGGGCACUCUAGGUGUCCGUUGUUUUCCUUCCCCCGCUCUAAUACGCUGUGACAGGAAGGAUGCUGGCAACGCGAGAAUAAAACCACAUUUACCGACAGUUACAGCAGUGAACAGCAGAAAGAAAGCGUACGCAACAGCCAACAAAAAAAAAAAACAAGAAAAUUAAAAACAACUUAAGAAGCAACACAAUUUUCUCUCACUCUAUGCUAAAUAACGUAAAGUUUAACAACCACCACAUCCCAAGCAACAAAUCCAAACAAACCAAAAGCAACCGGACAAAGUAAGUACGGUAAACCAAAUACCCAAAUACCGCGCAUUAACAUUCUAUAACUGCAAAAUAAGAAUAAAACCAAUUGCCUGAAUAUGUGACAUGUAAGCAGGAGGAGACAACAAGGAGAAGAAGAAAAAAAAACAUAAAACUACACAGACACCCACACACACACACAAACAAAA